AUGCCAAAAAACCAUGAAUGUUUUGUGAAUACGGCUCUGAUCUCAGAUGAAAACAUCAUGCAUUUUGUUUUCUCUUCACCACAGAUAAUCUUCAGUGAGUGUAUCUCCUUGUAUGUGCGGUCCAGAGCUUCUUUCAGUUAUGAGUAUAUAGUGUGUGUGUACAAGGCCGUGGGAUCAUUCGUGUUUGGAGCGGCGUUGAGUCAGUCUCUGACCGACAUCGCCAAAUACACCAUCGGCCGACUGCGGCCGCACUUUCUGACGGUGUGUAAACCUCACUGGAGCCUCAUUGACUGUAAAUCCGGUUAUAUUGAGAACUUCACAUGCACAGGAGAUCCAGUCAUCAUCAAUGAAGGCCGGCUUUCCUUUUAUUCUGGCCACUCAUCAUUCUCCAUGUACUGUAUGCUGUUUCUUGCUCUGUAUGUCCAGUCUAGACUGAGAGCAAGUUGGGCUCGACUGCUUCGGCCGACUCUGCAGUUCUCUUUCAUCGCGGCGUCUCUUUACGUGGGUCUGUCGCGCGUCUCUGAUUAUAAACACCACUGGAGUGACGUUCUCACUGGACUC